AUGGAAGACAGUCAGCUACACAUCCGUGAUGUGAUCAACCCACUCCCAGAGAAGGCUACAUCUGACGAUAAGAAGUGGCAACCCGUCCUGGACUUUGAUACAGAUAGUUGCUAUAAUACCGCAGCCAUAGACCCAAGUGGUAAUGUCAAUAAGGGUAUGGAUCAUAACUACUCAGGACCAUCAGAGGGGUGCCGUGAUAAACCUCGCCUAGAAAAUGCCAACGUCUACUCGCGCGCGCGCUGCAACAACGGCUGGUGCGCGUACAUGUAUGACUACUACUUCGAGAAGGAUGUGGCGGUCCCCAAUGUCAUCGACGCUGGCGGCCACGUGCAUGAGUGGGAGCACAUUGUGGUGUUCGUCCAAAACGGGCACGCCAAGGUCGUCGCUGCCGGAGGCCAUGGUGACUUUGACACAAAGAAGGCCGAUGAGAUCCGCUGGGAGGGCAAUCACCCCAAGAUCGUGUACCACAAAAGCGGCGGUAGCACGCACGCCUUCAGGUUUGCGGCCGCCAAGGAUGACAAGGUUGAGAAUGAGACGGGGAAGUGGGUCCAGAGCGCGCUCGUGAGCUGGAAUGGCUUUCCGAGCACGAAAUUGAGGGAUACACUCAUGAGUUAUGUGUUUGACAAUACCAAAUCAGGCGGAAAGCCAAAAAUUGGUAUUAAGGAUGAGAAUUUCAAGGACAAUCUGAACUGGGCUAAGAACGAUCUGGUUCCAGGGUUCAACAGCGGCUCGGAUGACGGCUCACCGGGAAACCCCUGA